AUGUCUAAGCGUCAGCACUGGCAACUCGACGACGACCGCGCCGUAAGAAGGCCGCGGCUCGUGCCGAAGAAGCACCUCUACGUUGUGCUGGAUGAUUGGGACAAGGGCUUCAGCAUCUACAAGAUUGAUGCUGACACUUUGCAAUACACCUACGCCGACGACCUGCAGGUUGGGUUCCCUGGCAAGGCUGUCCUCCGGUUACCGGCACCAGUACAUGGUCUUCAUAUGGGCUUCACCGCCCUGGGCAGCAACAUCCUCAUCGCCACCAACCCUCGUUGUCUACAGACUCCCGCCCUCCUCUACGACACCGAGACAGCAGGAAUCACCAUUGGCCCUCGCCUACGGCUUUCACUGCUUGCCUGUGACACCAUCGCUGUGGCUGCUGGUGGUACACUCUACGCUUUGACACGGCGCCAUAUCAACGAGCAGCACUUUUUCCAGGCCAUGUCGUCAGCACCAUUGGAGAACGAUGAGCCGUGGUAUCCUAGUCCAACCAUGAGAUGGUCCUGGAAAAGCAUGCCCUCACCGCCACCAUUUGACAUGGAGGAUCAAUUUACUUCCUACGCGCUUCACCCGGAUGGGCACACUAUUUUUAUGUCGGCGCGCGAGAGGCACUAUCCGUAUCUUCCCAGUGGCACCUUCUCCUUCGAUACCAAGCAUUCUGAGUGGAGGUGCCAUGGGGAAUGGGCGCUGCCUUUCCAAGGCCAAGGUUACUUCGACAGCGAGCUUGAUGCAUGGGUUGGGCUUCGUAAGGAUGGGUACAUUUGCUCCUGUCAAGUCCCCUCCCGCAGCAACACAAGUACCGUGGAGCCGGAGUGGAAGAUGGUCAGGGAGAAGUUGUUCUUCAAGGUCCCGGAGAGGCAACUGAAAUCGGCAAAGGCCACUCUCGCGUACAUGGGCAACAACAACUUUUGCCUUGUGGAGUUUUUGCUACGCGAGGGAGUGGAGUUUAAGCACGCCUUUGGUGACCGUGAUGGUUGUGUGCUCCAGAUGAGCACGUUUGGCCUUAAAUAUGAUCGCAAGGGACAACUGCAAACCACGCGCCACCACACCAACACCUAUGUAGUGUCUAAGCAUCUCCAAUCGUUUUCUCCAGUAGUGUUCUGGAUGUAAACCUGUUUGACAUGUUUUAUGCAAACUAUGUCUCAGUAAUGUAAAUUGUGAUAUGUGGCACUAUAAAGAAAGA